GGAUUGUCACUCCCCUUAACGGCGAUUCGUUGUCGCUAAAGCAAUUCAGUUUGUGGCAGGCUAUCAAACAGGUCUAGCGAUGUUUUAAUUAUUCGACGUUCAUCUAACUCCCGUAAAGUAAAAGUUCGACGGACUUAAAUUUUGAUUUUGUAGGAUGAUUGCAGAUUUCUAAAAAUGGAACCUGACGGUACAACAAAUGAUGCUGUUUGUGCUUCUCCCGAAGAUCCUCUUAGAUCAUCAGCCAAAUUUUAUAUGGAUUCGUUAUUAUCGAACACGUGGAAGAAUAAAAAUCCCGAUUAUAAGGGAAAAGCAUUUAUGAUGGACAGUAUAUUAGAGAAAAGUGACUGUGUACCCAGAAGUUCGGGUGGAGCGAGUGAACUGUCGACCUCUAAUGGGUACUUUGGUGGUGCAGUAGGCGAAACAUCUAGCAAUCUUUCUCAAACGAGACUUCAGUCACCAAACGGAUCAGACAGUUCUUCGCCUAAACCAACACCUCUGACAUGCCACCUCCGACGUCACAAGAGCAAUAGAAAACCCAGAACUCCUUUUACCACUCAACAACUUUUGGCUUUAGAAAGAAAAUUUCGUAAUAAGCAAUAUUUAUCGAUAGCAGAAAGAGCAGAAUUUUCCAGUUCCCUGAGUUUAACCGAAACUCAAGUAAAAAUUUGGUUCCAAAAUCGAAGAGCCAAAGAGAAACGACUUAAAGAAGCCGAACUAGAAAAAUUACAAAUGGGUGCUAGGCAAUAUUUACACACUCCCGUCAGUUUUAACUUAGCUGCCGGACGUCCAGCCGUCUACUUACCAUCACAUCAAGGAGUGCCUUUUGGACCUUACGCAACUCUACCACCCUUAGUUGGUCCUCUAUUGCCUCCCUAUUGCCUGCCUUCGGGUCUAACAGUCUGUCCGAGGUGACGGCCUUCUCUUUAAUCAAUUUCUUUCCAGAAAUGAAAUAUAUGUGACGUCUGCUGAAUGGAGAGAUGAGUGAUGCUGAGUGAUAGAAGAUUUAUAAUAGGAAACGAAUUAUUUCCAGUGAAAAUGGAAUUUUUCUUCAAUAUAUCUGAGGUAUUACAAGCCUAAGGUAGCUUUGGAAGUUAAGAAUCUCAUGCAAAUUUGUGGAAAUACUGUCUAGUUGAAACGAAAUUAGUUACCUUUUGUUUUAUAAAACUAUAUUAUACAAACGUGCAAAGUCCUCGAUUGUAAAUAUUUGUAAUUAUUCCAAUUUAAAAUAUGCAUUAAUUUGUUUGAAGCAUAAUCUAUUGACGAGACCGCAAAUACUGUUUAGAAAUGUUAACGUUUAAUAUUUAUGAUAUAAUAAUAUAGUUUAAUGCAUUAAUUUGAUCAGUUUCUAAUAUGGCAAGUGUUACUAUUGAAUAUGAAGAAGAAGAAGAAGAUGAUGAUGAUGAUAUUAUUGGGAAUUUAAAGUCUAAAUGACAAGGGACUCCUCAAUUUAUUUGUUUUUUUUUCUGAAAUAUUAAUAUAAAAAUUCGUAAUUAAUUUAUUUAAAAAAUUCUUAAUGAUUCAUACAAUUUACACACCUUUACAUUCUUACAUGCAAUAGACCUUUUGUUUUUACUUUAAGUGUUUAACAGACACUAUUCUCACUUAAAAAUACAUUAAUAUGAAUUACAAAUAAUAUUUUAAAAAAUUCUUUUAAUAUUUUUCUAAUAUUAUUAAAUAAACAAGCUGAUUUAAUGAGGAUAAUUUAUCUCCACGAUAAUUCUUGUUACAAUCGACCCCCCUAUAACACUGUUGAUUUUUCCGUUUUAUAUGAAUUCCAUGU